AUGGCGGCGCCCCGCAGCGACAGCGAGAAGCGGAAGCAGAUCAGCGUGCGGGGCAUUGCGGGGCUGGGCGACGUGGCCGAGGUGCGGAAAAGCUUCAACCGGCACCUGCACUUCACGUUGGUCAAGGACCGCAACGUGGCCACCCCCCGCGACUACUUCUUCGCGCUGGCGCACGCGGUGCGGGACCACCUGGUGGGGCGCUGGAUCCGCACCCAGCAGUGCUACUACGAGCGGGACCCCAAGCGUAUUUAUUACCUGUCUCUGGAAUUCUACAUGGGCCGCACCCUGCAGAAUACAAUGGUGAACUUGGGUAUGCAGAAUGUCUGUGAUGAAGCCAUUUACCAGCUGGGUCUGGACUUGGAGGAGCUGGAAGAAAUCGAAGAAGAUGCUGGCCUGGGUAACGGAGGGCUGGGUCGCCUGGCAGCUUGCUUCCUCGACUCCAUGGCGACGCUGGGGCUGGCAGCCUAUGGCUACGGGAUCCGAUACGAAUUUGGCAUAUUUAAUCAGAAGAUUCUCGAUGGCUGGCAGGUGGAGGAAGCCGAUGAUUGGCUGCGCUAUGGCAACCCCUGGGAAAAAGCCCGCCCUGAGUAUAUGCUUCCUGUGCAUUUCUACGGCCGAGUGGAGCACACUGCGGAGGGCGUGAAGUGGAUCGAUACUCAGGUAGUUCUUGCCAUGCCUUAUGAUACCCCCGUGCCAGGAUACAAGAACAACACCGUGAACACAAUGAGGCUGUGGUCUGCCAAAGCACCCAAUGACUUCAACCUUCAGGAGUUUAAUGUGGGUGAUUAUAUCGAGGCUGUGUUGGAUCGAAACCUGGCAGAAAACAUCUCCCGAGUCCUGUAUCCGAAUGACAAUUUCUUCGAAGGGAAGGAGCUGCGGCUGAAGCAGGAAUACUUCGUGGUAGCUGCCACCCUGCAGGACAUCAUCCGCCGGUUCAAGUCUUCCAACUUCGGCUCCCGAGACCCAGUCAGGACAUGCUUUGAGACCUUCCCAGACAAGGUCGCCAUUCAGCUGAACGACACUCACCCAGCACUUUCCAUCCCGGAGCUCAUGCGGAUCCUUGUGGACGUGGAGAAAAUGGAGUGGGAGAAGGCCUGGGAGGUCACCAAGCGGACCUGCGCCUACACCAACCACACCGUGCUGCCCGAGGCCCUGGAGCGCUGGCCAGUCACCAUGUUCGAGAAGCUGCUGCCGCGCCACCUGGAGAUCAUUUAUACCAUCAACCAAAGACAUCUGGAUCACGUGGCCGCCCUCUACCCCGGAGACCUAGAUCGUCUGCGCAGGAUGUCCGUGAUCGAGGAAGGGGACUGCAAGAGGAUUAACAUGGCCCACCUCUGCGUGAUCGGCUCCCACGCCGUCAAUGGGGUGGCCAGGAUUCACUCCGAAAUCGUGAAGAAUUCCGUAUUCAAAGAUUUCUAUGAGAUGGAACCAGAGAAAUUCCAGAACAAGACGAACGGCAUCACUCCGCGGCGCUGGCUCCUGCUGUGCAACCCAGGACUAGCAGGUGUAAUUGCUGAGAAAAUCGGAGAAGAUUUUGUAACGGAUCUGAGCCAGCUGAAGACGUUACUGGAUUUUGUCGAUGACGAGGUGUUUAUCCGGGAUGUGUCCAAAGUCAAACAGGAGAACAAGCUCAAGUUCUCGGCCUACUUGGAGGAGACGUACAAGGUGAAAAUCAACCCGUCCUCCAUGUUCGACGUGCACGUGAAGCGGAUUCACGAGUACAAGAGGCAGCUCCUCAACUGUCUGCACAUCAUCACCCUCUACAACCGCAUGAGAAAAGACCCAUCAAAGUCCUUUGUGCCAAGGACGGUGAUGAUCGGAGGAAAGGCAGCUCCCGGCUACUACAUGGCCAAAAUGAUUAUCAAACUGAUCACGUCCAUCGGGGACGUCGUCAAUAACGAUCCCUAUAUAGGAGAUCGACUCAAAGUCAUCUUCUUGGAGAACUACAGGGUGUCCUUUGCUGAGAAAGUGAUUCCCGCGGCCGAUCUGUCCCAGCAGAUCUCCACAGCCGGCACCGAGGCCUCGGGCACAGGGAACAUGAAGUUCAUGCUGAACGGCGCCCUCACCAUUGGGACCAUGGACGGGGCCAACGUGGAGAUGGCGGAGGAAGCCGGCGAGGAGAAUCUGUUCAUCUUCGGCAUGCGGGUGGAGGACGUGGAGGCGCUGGACAAGCGAGGGUACAAUGCUAGGGAAUACUAUGAGCGCAUUCCAGAGCUGAGACAAGCCAUCGACCAGCUCAGCAGCGGCUUCUUCUCGCCUAAAGACCCUGGCUGCUUCCGGGAUGUCGUCAAUAUGCUGAUGAACCACGACAGAUUUAAAGUGUUUGCUGACUACCAGGCCUACAUGGAGUGUCAGGGCCGCGUUGACCAGUUGUACAGGAAGCCAAGAGAGUGGACUAAGAAGGUCAUCAAGAACAUUGCUUCUUCGGGGAAGUUUUCCAGUGACAGGACGAUCACCGAGUAUGCCAGAGAAAUCUGGGGUGUGGAGCCAUCAGCUGAGAAGAUCCCCCCACCUAACAUCCCCAGGGAAUAAGCUGGGCACUAAAUGUGUGUCUGGUUGAUCCAGGCUUAAGGUGCUUCUGGUUUCCAGCUCGGUUUGCACAGAUGAACUUACACUAGUUGAGGGUCUGGAAUCUAUAAAAUAGGGCAUUGGCCAGGGAGAAGAGGGGGCUUUUAAUAAGAGCAGCGUGGGAGAUGUUGGCCAAAGCCUUGUGUGUGAAAACAAGUAAAACAAAAAGAGCAGCAGGAAACCUGGUUAGAACUAAGGCUAUUCUGUGUGUUACUCAUUUAACCAACUUGCAUGUCCUGUACUGUGUUGAGUGAGCUAAUGGCUGCAUAGGCUUCCUGAAGCUACAUCCCAUGCUAGGCCAAGCACCUAGUGAAAUUCUUGUUUUCCCCUUCCGUCAAAAGGCUGCGCUAGUCUCUGUAGAGGGGGUGAUCUCUGAACACCCUGCUCAGGUGAUCUGCCAGCGUGGUCUGAGCCUACCCAUGCCUCCCACCCUGCCAGUCACUGCUAGGGGCCUCCCCCAGGUUCUUACACCUUCCAGCCACGGUCAGAGCUGGGACACAGGUUAGGUGAAGCAGGAGUGGAGCCAAAACACCUCAUUUUCCCUAUUAACGUUUUAUGGCUAAAGGUAAAUGACCCCACCCUCGCGAGGUGGCUAGUUUUGCUGCAUUGGUUGAAAUAGGAUUAAACUCCACUAGCCAGCCGGCCUGUUUUAAUGAUCACAAAAUAAGAUUUAUUUAUUUUUAAACUGCCAAGUAGGAAACGUGCAGAAGGAGCUGACAGGCUCUGUGAGCAUAGCCGGGGGCUUUUGGAGCACACCUGAGCCCUAACCUUAUGGUUGCGUCUGUACCUAGCAGCCCCGGGUGAGCUGGAGGACGGGGUGUGUGAGAUUCAUGCUGAAAAGGGGCAGCUAAUGGACUUCAGCCACGAUUGAAACCAGCCUCUUUCCUUACCAGGUGGGGCCAGGGAUUUUGGGAGUUCGUUCUAAAGACCACACCUAAUUUGAAUUAAAAAGCAGCUUGCAGACAUCAAUUCAAUAUGGAGGCGCCUCCUGGAGUGGUUAUGGGUCCCUGUCUAAGGCACCCUCUUGCUCCAAGUUGUGUUUAUAGAGCUGCUAUGAAGGCAUGAGAGAUUGUUUUAGCCUUCAUCUAGCAUGGGCAAAAGCAGAACCGCUGUACCCGCUGAGCAGGGCGAUGUACAGGACACUGCAAACCUGCCGAAACGCUUCCUAAAGAAUUUUGGUUUAGUGAGGUCAAGCCCCCUGGAGCUGGGCCUGGCUUGCGCUUUCUUCAGAGCAUGGGCCUUGUCUGUGUUACAAAUACUUGUAAGCACCAGCCUGUAAACACUGUGCUUGUGUGAGAGCAGGGGGCUGGAUGGCUGCUGAGGCGUGUGGGCCACAAGCAUGGCCUUGUGCACAGGGGGAAGAGGAGCCUGUCACCUUAACACUCCCCCCCUGCCCAAGCCAGCCUGAACCCAACACCCCUGUUUUUAUUGUUGGUACAGUUUUGUUGGCCCUGCAGUCAGGGACAAAGACUUACCGUCACUUUCCCUCUGGCAAAGGGCCCUGCAUUUACUGUGCUAGCCAAGGGCCCUCGCUGGCCCCACUGACCCAUUCCUGCACAGAACUGCUCCAUCUCCUUUUCUACCCCAGUCAGGCUAAGCUGUCUGUGUGACCUAGCCCCAGAAAGAGCCACUGCCCGCCCUGUGGCAUUGGCUACUGACCAGACCACCGCCAUCAAGGAAAAAGGCCCAAAGCUAGACCAUCAGCUAGCAGGCAAGUCACUGCCCCCCAAGCCCUUCAGUCUGCUCACAGAGCUACAAGGCAGGGCCAGGACCAUGUAGCCCACGGCAGCCUGGCAGCCAGCAACCCCCUGCUACAGGGACUGUGACAGCCCCAGCGCUCUCAGUGGCUGCCCCCAGUGUCUGAGAGGGGAAAAGACCUGGAAAGGUACAGACAGGAUCUAUGGCAAGGGGCCUCCGCAGCCCAGGGCAGGACCCUGGAAGGGCCUGAGAAUUAACAUCCCAGGGCCCUGGAGAGCCUACCAGCCACAGCUGGGCUCAGUCACUGCCCAUAUGGUGCUGGAACUUGAAGCUCCUAGUGUUGGAAGAGCCAGUUUCCGGCAUAGUCUCCCUCGGCCCAGCUCACACAGAGCAAGCCCGUCAACACCGAGCGGUCUGAUACAAUGAUUGCAUUGUCCUCACCCAGCCUCCCACCUGUGCAUUUUCUUAGUCCGAAGAGUGGAGUCAGGAAAAGCACAGACAUUAGGAACCUAAAUACAAGUGAGGAUCUGGGCCCAAGAGCCGACAGCCAAAUACAGAAUUGCUGGGAAAUAUCAUUGGCCACAGCACACUUGAAAUUAAGUCAUUGUGUCCUGGCUCACCCGCCUCUGCUGUGUACAUUGGUGUGUUAACUUACAUCAUGUCUUUAUGCCCAUGAGCAACGAAAGGGACUAAGCCUGUCACUUCUCAGCUGGGAAGUGGAUACACUUCCUGUGUACAGAAAAGGUGUGCAUUGAAAUCAAGUACAGCCCUGUUAUGUCAAUGAUCAGAAAGACCAACCCCUAAGUCCACUUAAUGAUUUUUAACUGUAGUGUUGGUGCAGCCAUGUUAGACCCAGGAUUGUGGAGAGACAUGGUGGGUGAGGUAACAGCUUUUAAUGGAUCAACUUCUGGGGUGAGAGACAUGAGCUUUUGAGCUACACAGGGGCUGGAGAAGACCGGAAGAGCUCUGUAUAGCAUUAUCUCACUCACCUUGUGUCGCUAGAAUUUUUAAACGCUGUCAAAUUUCUUGAAUAUACAACAAUACUUCUGCUAAAGAAUGUACUGUACUUCAUCUGCAUGCAGCUGCUGAUCUACAGCCAGUGUGUUUUGUGUUGACCUAGCCUAGGAGGAAUACUUGCUGGAUUGUCAAUGUGUUACUGACAUUUCAUAGUCUGUGUUCCAUGAACUGGGCUAUUUGAACUGUAACAGUAGAACAGAGUUGCUAUCUCGGAAAUCAACUCGUACCGAGCAGGAAAGUGGAAGGUUUUGAACUUCGAGCAUCCCAGUUGCUUCUGUUUCUGCCUCUAAUGGGACAUGGAAAUAGAUUUAGUGCAUUGUUUCAACAUGUUGGCAUGAAGUAUGGAUAUUAAUCUGUGUAGUGAAUCAGUGUUCCUCACCUGUGCAUUGGAAACUGAUUAAAACAAUCAGAAUGCCCAGCUGGUUUGUGUUCAAAUCCUUGGUUUCUAGUACUUAGUCUCACAAUAAUAUAAAUCUCAGAAAUUGACUAGGCUCAGCAAGUUAAGUCACCCAUGAUGCUGCUUUCCCUCCCCCAUCCCUUUAGCAUGGCACCCUGCAGAAGCCAUUUCUGGCUAUACACCACAUCUCCGGUAUGCCAAUGACAUGGUCUAACAAGCUCUGGUGCCAACACAUACUAGUGACAAGCUCAGCAACCCCCGGCAGGCUGGGAAUUCAGCAGGGUAUUAAUUAAG